UUCAUUUAAAUUUUGAUUAAAGAAAAAAAAAAAUUAAGGUAGCUAUUACUGAAUUCGCAAAAAUAAAAAAAAAAACUAACUUUUUUCGCUCCCCCUUCACGUACUGCGCUGCUCCUCCUUCCUCCUUCACUGCUCCUCCUUCUCCUUCACCUCUCUUCCUUCUCUUGCGCAGCAUCCCACUCCAUUAAUUGUUGCUUUGGUUUGUUCGAAUUUGGGAUCAUUUUUAGGGGAUUUUUAUCAAAGUUUUGAGUACGAGAAAUCAAGGAAUGUGGCCCGGUUUUUUUUGAGGUGGAUGUAACCUUAUGAGAGACACAUGGGAACUUUGAAAGAAAAGGCGACCAACAAAGCACAUCCAGAAGGUAGUAUUGUUGGAGGUAUUAUUGCAGAGGAGGCUAGUAACUUUUGUUCUGUGUUCUUAACUAUGGCUAAAGAAAUUGGAGUUCCAACAUCUCGUCAUGAAGGCAGACUUCAAGGGCAAGGGACGAUCGGUCGUCAGUUUGUGAAGCCUCCAUCAGAUAGAACUUCAAGGGCAAGGGACGAUCGGUCGGCAGACUUCUUGCUGGUUUGCCAUUUCAUGAUGAGGGUAUUUUAAGUUUGGCAUGAUAUUAGCCAGCUUAGAUUCUUUUUUUCCUUAGUUCAAAGUUCCUCUUGCUUUCGUUCCUCUUGAUUUGUGAUAUAUAUAUAUAUUCUGCAAAUACAUCAUACUGUGAAUUUUGCGGAGGUUGUCCAUUAAGUACCCCUGCCCCCUUCCCCCCCUGCCUGACCCAUAUGUUCCUCCCAAAACCCAUUUGCCAGAGGUCAAUUUAACAAAACAUCAGUUUUUGUACAAAGAAUCUUACCUGCUUUUAUUUCUCAUACUUAUUAGUUAUUAACUGUAGAUUAUGCUUUCAUGUUUCUUACGUCAUGAUCAAUUAUGUAGGUCCCAACUAAAUUUCGUCUUGCUUUAGUUGAUGAGUUCAGUGGGAACUCAGUGAUUGUGGCCGAUGGAACGGCGGAACCUUGUCCUAGUGGAGUGAUUCAUAACAAGAAAAUGAACCGUGACAUUUAUAGAGUUAGUGUUCCAUGUUUACAGUGAUUAUUCUCAACUAAAUCUCCUAGAAGAGACUGAUGACGGUAUCACCAAGUUGGGUGAGGCGAAAGGUUAUUUUUUGGGGUGGCCGGCAGAUUUAGUCUUCUUUGCUGAUGAGGUUAUGACUUUGGCAAAAAAGACGGAUAAUGAAUUGGUGCAAACCAAAGAGAAAGUUGAUAGUUGCGGACCUAUCAACUCAGAGCAUUCAACUAUUAAAGGCAAAGGCAUAACUAUUCUGGAAAAUAUUGUUGAGAGUCUUGGUGAACAGUGUUCUAUGUUGUAUUAUUGCGUGACUUCAGGAAGUGGAGAUUAUGAUACUACGACAAUUCCAUUGAAGGCUCUGUUUUAUCAAAAGGAAGACACACAAAUUUAUGUUACUAGUGAUGAUGUCUCUGAAUUACUACGAGGAGCAUGGGCUAAUAUUUCAUUAAUCCAUGUCUACAUAUUGUACUUAAUUGAAGAGCGUAUCUCAUUAUUUCAGAAGACUAGAAUCAAAUUCUUGUGCCCCUAAAAAAUUUCUACAGCAGAAAUCAAGAAAGAUUUCCUUGAAGUCCAAAUGUAUUUGAAAAAUGCUUUUCUUACUGAAUUAAGGAAAAAGGAUGCACAAUGCAAAUUCAUUUUGGCUCCAUAUAUGGAAGCGAAUCAUUGGGUACUCUAUGUGAUUGAUUUGCGUAAGAGUCUUGUGUAUGAGUUUGAUUCUAUUAUUCAAUCACCUCCGAACGCUCGAAACUCAGAGUUGUCCAAAGUAAUGAAGAUACCUUACAAUGUAUAUAGGUCACACCUUAAAGGAAAUGCUUUCAAAACGAGUAAGCCACAAUUACUACACAUAAGAAUGGAGUGUGCUCAACAAUGUGGUGGUACCGAAUGUGCUUAUUAUGUGAUGAGAUAUAUGUAUGAGAUAGUAUCUUUCCAUAGCGAUUGCAAGGGUAAUUUGAAAGAGGAGUAUUUGGUAAGACUUGCAGCCUACAACGAUGUAGAAUUGGAUAAGAUUCGAGAACAAUGGGCUAAGUUUUUUAGGCUUAAUUUUUUGUUGAAAGACUAGUUAUCUUAUUAAUCGAUGUUAUGAUUUAUCACAUUUAGCUUAAUAAAAUGAUAUAACACAUUUUUAUAUAUCUACUUUAAUUUUAUUUA